GCAGGAAAAGUUUCUCCAGAGGAAAAAUGCAGGGCUUGUCCUUCACCCUGACGUCAGAUGUGUCUUUAAUAAAAUACCCAAAGAGGCAAGAGAAAAAGGCAGAUCUGCCUGAGCGAGGCUGCCAGCUCAGGACUGCUCCGCCGUCCCAAAGUGGGGGGCUUUUGUGCACAGCAGCUUCAAAUCUGGGUUCAAUCAAUGCAUUUAAUCCUGGCUUCCAGUGAUGAGGUGGCUUCUGCCUUGGAUUGUAGCAGCAAGCAGCGUUGUGCAGGCCAUUUCCCAGCCCUCCACCAUGCCCCCCACCAUCUCCACUGUGACAGAGGCUUACACGAGGACUCAGUAUUGCAAGUGGCCAUGUGAGUGCCCAAAGUUGCCACCUCGCUGUCCCAGAGGGGUUAGCUUGGUCACAGAUGGCUGCGAAUGCUGCAAGGUGUGCGCCAAGCAGGUCGGGGAGAACUGCACCGAAGCCGACACCUGCGACUUCCACAGGGGCUUGUACUGUGACUACAGCGGAGACAGACCUAGGUACGAAAUAGGAGUGUGUGCACAAAUUGCAGGGGUGGGUUGUCUCCUCAAUGGCAUCAGGUACAGGAAUGGAGAUUCCUUCCAGCCCAACUGCAAGUACAACUGCACGUGCAUUAAUGGGGCCGUGGGCUGCAUCCCGCUGUGCGUAAAUUCGCGCCCCCCGCUCGUCUGGUGCCCGAACCCAAAGCAGAUUAAGGUGGCAGGCAAGUGCUGUGGGCAGUGGAUCUGCGACGACUCCAGGAGGGUCAGGAAGACGUCUCCACGACACAUCUCCUCUGCAGCUUAUGGGGGAGAGAAUGAAUCCUGGCAGAAGAACUGCAUUGUUCACACCUCGUCCUGGAGCCCCUGCUCGAAGACCUGCGGGCUGGGGAUAGCAACAAGAAUUUCCAAUGAUAACCCGCAGUGCCAGCUCAUGAAAGAAAGUCGCCUCUGCAACUUGCGGCCGUGUGAAGUGGAUAUAACCAAACACAUUAAGCCUGGGAAGAAAUGCUUGGCUGUCUAUAGAGCUGAUGAGCCGAUGAACUACACCAUUUCAGGCUGCGUGAGCACAAAAACAUACAGACCAAAAUACUGUGGGGUCUGCACAGACGACAGGUGUUGCACACCCUACAAGUCAAAGACCAUUGAAGUGAGUUUUGAGUGCCCAGGUGGAACUGGGUUUUCCUGGAAAAUCAUGUGGAUCAACGCUUGUUUUUGCAACCUGAACUGCAAGAACCCCAAUGACAUCUUUGCUGAUUUGGCACAUUACCAUGAUUACUCCGAGAUCGCUAAUUAAAUUGGCUGAAUGCUGGAAUGGCCCAUUGCUCUGAUUUUACAGAGGUUUUAAAAUAAAA